AUGGCCGACCCGUUAAGCACCACCGCAAACACAAUUGCUGUUGCCCAACUCACCUAUUUCACCGUCAAAACCGUCUAUCAGACGAUAACCGGUCUUCGCGAUGGCCCCAAGUCUCUUCAAGACCUGGGACCGGAUCUUGAAAACCUACACAAAACCAUAAAUUCGAUGCAGCAGGAACUCGAAAAGCAAGGCAAUGACGCGAACUUGUCGGACGAACAAAAGCAGAACUUGAUCGAAAUCCAGCCGAGUUUGCAGGGAUGUCAUAGCAUUUGCAGGGACUUUCAGGACAAGAUUAACAACACCCUGCGUCAUUCUAAAGAUGGAAGAGUCUCUUUUCGGGAUAGACUGAUGGUGCAGUUUAAGGAGAAUGAGAUUGCGGAAUUUCGGAAGAAACUAUUAGACUUUAAAACUACUUUUAUUGUCUGCAUUGAUUUGUUGAAUUUUAAAAGCAUAUCCCAAAAUUUAGAGCGUACCAAAUCCCUCGAAUAUACGUUCGAGAAGACAGCCAACAUGCUUCUCGGCCGGAUCGAAGAACUCCGAAUCAGCAAGGAGGAAAUCCUUGAGUCCAGUCUCGUUAGAAGCGAAAUACAACAACCAGAUGCUUCCGAGGUCCUAAGUGCCAUUGAGCAACACACCAUCAUACUUACUCAUUGCCAAAAAUCCAUCAUGGCAGCACUGCAGCAGACAACGAAGACUACGGGGCAUUCUUAUAAAAACAUCGCCUUAAAAAACACAUCGAGAGUGAUGAUGGGCGACAUGGGACAAGUGCAGAGGGGGGCAAUCUACCAUUCAUAUGAUGGUAUAAGUGUUGAAGGGCCCUCAAUUGUUGUAGCGGGGAAUAUGGACGGGAAUGUCGCAAAAGAUUUUCUCAAUAUGAAUUGA